GUCGUGGCAUUGCACCUCGUUCAGAGCCAGCUCGGGAUGCUCCCAUACGAAACGACUCAGUUGCCACAGGUCUUGCGAGUUCGCCUCGACGACGUUAUGCACGAGCUCCUUUAAGUCCGCGGCCAUUGCUUUCACGGAGCCCCGCUAUCAUCUGUUCACGAAGGCAUCCACUUCAGGAAGCAAUCGCUGCGUGUCAUCCACAUCGGAUGACGUAUCACGAUAAGGAGAUAAGAGCGUUGCUCAAGUUUGCCGAGAGAAAACGCUGAUCAUCAGACACGUGCGCUGUGCGAAAGAGCGCGUAUCUCCUUUUCAUCGUCGUCCAAAGAUGUAUUACGAUACGAAGGCCAACUACGUCACGGGUGUGGUCUGCCUGCUUAUUUUAACCUCAGUUCACGUCCACAGUACAGGUUUAAAACAGCGCGGCGUAUAUCUCACGGUGUCGUCAUACGAAGGUGCACUCAGGAAAGCAGGUCACUUCGAGGUCAACUGGUACGGCGUGGACGUCGACCUCCUCAACAAGACUUUCGUCGCUCUACUCUCGCAAACUCCGAGGUCAAAUAAUUGGAAUGACGCACAGCUGUACCCCGUGAAACAAAGCACUGGGCGACUGACGACGUCGGUGAAGUACCCGGAAUACAGCACCGAACGAGUGAUGACCGGAAGUUGCCUCGGGUACUGGGCCGUCCUACUACAAGUCGACGUCACCGAGAACAGCAGCGUAGUCAUCGAAUCAUCCUGCCUUCGCGGGCAUCCGAGGUGGAUGCGUGAGAGCUGCUGCCACUUUUCUAAUCUCAAGCUCGACGAGCUCUUUGUGCCAGGGACUCACGAUUCCGCCAUGUACCGCCUGAGACGAGACUGGCCCGUGGGGGACUUCAUCUUCACGCAAGACCAAACUAUCGCCCAACAGCUUGCCUUCGGAAUCAGGUCUCUGGACUUGAGAGUUGGGUUCGUCGACGGCGUGUUCUGGAUGUUUCACGAUAAGUUCAAGGCACAGGUUACGCUGGAGGCUGUUCUGCGGCAGGUCCGAAGCUUCGUCGAAACCAUGGGGGAAGUUGUGUUACUAGAUUUCCACAGGUUUACUCUUGGUUUCGACCGCUACAUCGAUCCAGUCAACGAACGUCAUCGAAUGCUUGUACAAAUGAUUGUAAAUACCCUCGGCGAACUCGCGGCACCGAGAACACUGUUCAACAGCACACUUGAAGACUUACUUGGUGGAUGUGGUAAACAGGCAAAACAAAAUAAGCCGACCGUGUUUCUGAUGUAUAACUACGACUACGUAGGUCCCUACUCUGAGUUCCUGUGCCCGGGAGUAGUUCAAAACUGGGCGGACGCGCAAGAUCUCAACUAUCUUGUAGAAUACCUCGAAGAAAACGCCUGCAAGAAGUUCCCUGGAACUUUGUCUUCGGCUCAAGCCGAGCUGACGGUCAAGUUUCCAUCCCAAGUAGACACAGUGCGCGAGUUGGCGGAAAUUGUCAAUUUCAACGUGACAAACAUGUUCAGGGAGCGCUUUUGGAAAUGCACAAACAUCGUGACGAACGAUUAUUUUCUGGGCAGUGGCACUGUUGAACUGGCCAUUGAAGCUAACAAGUACAGGGGAGAGAUAAAAGGAGGACUGAGAAGGUGUGAUGGUGGUGUCUUGCCGUGAAGAACGAAAAAUACGUCUUGAAAAGCGACGGCCGAAUUCGCCACAUGCUGAACGAGUAACGCGGGGUUCUCGCUUGUGAAAACGUUGCUGCAAGUAAAUAUACAGCGUGACAAGAACAAAAAAAACUUACUAUGCACACUUCUUCAAGUGACCUUGCUCCUAGAUGAUUAUAAUUCCACUAUGUGGUGACCAUUGCGCUCUGAAAAUAAUUACAUAUGCAAAGAACGAUCCUACAAACGUCGUUUGUGAACUUUAGAAAAUUAAGAAGUUUUGCGUAGCAGACACUUGGGAAUAUACUAUCGUGGUAUUCAAUUGCACAAUAAAUGCCUAUGAAAAUGGGUUCUAGAAAAUCCAGCUUCAGCAAAAAAAGCUUGAAGUGCAAUUAUUACCCCGUAUUAGAGCGAAGUGAAUAUUAAGCAUGUAAAGUUUAUUGAACCAAGUGUUACAUAAAACAAUUGAAGUUAAUGGAAUAUUCUCAUUGAGCAUCUUGGAUUGAUGUGUUAGCGCCACUUAACUGCGACCAACAAAUAGUAUCCGAUUUUCUCUCGUCUUGAAUUAGUAGACGCCUUCGUUCUCGAGGAGAAAUCCAAUAACGUGUUUGCAGCGCACACCGUAAGUCAGUUUGUGGCGAGGGAAUAAGUAUCUUGAGUUAUUUUACGGCCGUAACAGAAAUGGUCAGCGCCCUUUAGUUCAUAACAUGAAUGACCACACUAUUUACACCUCAGCUGGUUCACACCUUAAGCGGCAGCAUGCACCAAGACCGUGAACUACUGCCACCUGUACGUCUUGCACUAUGAAGGCACGCUUAGCUUUUCCGAGACAAUGAUGUUAACGAGACACUUCAGUAUUGUACGUUGUGCUACGUGUGGGCUAUGUGUGUGCCAAGUGCAUAUAUGUCCUGUGUACAUCAACUCAUUUAUCAUCGAGUGCACAUGGAGUAGCUUGAUAGGACUCCCGCUAGGCAAACCUUUCACAUCUUUUUUUUUUCUUAAAUAGCCUGUCUUCCUCUACCUUAUUACGAAGAGGUUACGCAUAUUGGGCCCAUACUGCAAGUGAGCUAACAUAUUCUGAAAUCGCGGUGAGGCCUUUCCUUACCUAUGCUUGCCACCCUGACCCGAAAUGAAAAAAAGCCUAACUGACUUGAAAAAAAUAAAGGUACUAAACUAUGGAGCUUUAGGUGCCAAAAUCACGAUCUGAUCACAAGACACACCGUAGUGGGGGACUCCUUAACAAUAUUCACAAGCUCGGAUCCGUUACGCUGCACCAACAUCGAAGCACACGAGCUUUUUCAUCGACGGCACGAAUGGCUCGAAGCGCGCUGGCGCCGUCUCCAUUGCCGUUGUCGUGCAGUGCCGAUAUUGACGGCACACGAGCGGCCGACGCGUGGAGGGUUAAAAUGCCUCCAGAGAUACAUAGUGCGUUCGGCUGCGAAAUCGACGAGGACGCAGAGUCACGUUGCGCUCAAUUGGCUCUGCUGGAGCCUGGCCAGCGUUCUACUUCCCACUGCUAGCAUCAGUGCUGUGCGCACACAACUUAGCGUUUCUGUUGAGCAGGCAUGCUAAUAGCAGGAACAGUAGUACACGCCGAGCUAAAUCUACUUAAUCAUUUUUUUAGGGGGGGGGGGCACUGAUGAACGGCGAUGGUUUCUGCGAUUUCCUCCCGUGCACUUAUGAGUGCGAGGCCUGCACCCCGGUUGACGGGUCUCCUCAUCGUCCCAGCUUUCCAAGACGCCUUCAGCGCAACGCUAAAGCUCUCCAUCGUUCUCAUCGCUUCGCCUUGGAUGAAGCUGCAUUUUUUGUUGCCCUUUUUUGGGGCAUUUGGCCCAUGUAUUAAUCUACGCAACUAAGACUAUGCGUUAUUCAUUAUUCCGACAACGUUAACAGCCGCUCAUCUGGCGCAAAAAAGAGACUGGAUAAGUGAUUUUAAUAAACUGGUACUAAUUAUCAUG